AAAAAAAACAAAAAGUUAUCUGAUCGCCAAGCGGAAUGGGGUUAACGCAGUCGAAAGAGAAACAGCUGUUUAAGCAAGUGAGAUCCGGAAACGUAGAAAGGAUUCGAGCUCUUUGUCAAGAGGGAGCUAACCUCGAGUGGACUGAUAAAGAAGGGAACACGCCCUUGAGCGUUGCUUGCAUGAAUCCGAGGCUAUACCAUGUCGCGCUUACUUUGAUCGAACUUGGAGCUAAUAUUAAUGCCCAUCCGCCUGCUUCUCGUUACAUGACUCCUCUGUGCCAUGCGGCAAGUAGAGGUCUCCAGAACAUUGUUAACUUACUUCUUUUCAAUGGUGCAGCAAAUUAUGAUUCUCAUGCACCACUUCAAUUGGCUAGACUCCAUGGGUUCACUAAUAUCGUCCGUGCAAUUGAGAGUCGCAUCUGCGUGUUCUCUGGUUGGAUGCGUAAAUUUAACUGCCCUUUCUUUCUUGAUUACUUUGCUCCUCAGUUUCGUUCAAAAGAAGUAUGGGUUGUCGUCCUACCAACUAGUACAAAUUGCCCUUGGCUUUACAGGUUUGAGCUGGUUGUGUAUGCUAGUCUGGAGGAUGCAAGCCCAGAGGUGGUGAUGGCUUUGAGGAAUCCAAACUUGGAAGAACCACAAGGGAUGCACCCUAAUACUUAUGUGACGAUUUUUGAUAAUGAUAACCCCAAAAUAAAAAGUCUGAAACUGGCACCGUCGAUUGAAGAAGGAAGACAACAGCUGAAGUGGUUUUGUGAUGCCUACAAAGGAAUACCACAGCCAGUGCGUCCCCAUGUCGGUCACAAAACAGUACUACCCUCAGCUCCUCCAUUGCCAGAUGACGAUGCAGAAGACGUAGAUGAAAGUUCGAUGCAUUACACAUUACUCGAUUCAACUCCUGGCGAUGUCCCGUCAGUUUCGGUUGGUGGUGCAAAUACAGAAGAUAGGAGCCCUCGAGAGUGCGUGAUAUGUAUGGAUGCUCCAUCUGUUGCGGCCUGUGUCCCAUGUGGACAUAUGGCAGGAUGUAGGGCUUGCUUGACCGCCAUCAAAUCCUAUGGAUCGGGAUGUCCAACUUGUCGGGCCUACAUUGAUCAGGUUAUUACGGUGUACCAUGUCUAAAGUGCAACAGGUACAACUCCCUCAUUGCCUUGUGGGAGACUAUGACUUCUUCUAAACCUUUGAAACUGUUUUUAUCUCUUGCUCAACCAAAAACGAUCAUACCAUGUCUUGUGUGUUAAAUAAGGGCAAAACAAUAUAUAACAUGGAGGGGCUUCUUCCAAGAAUGAUUUCGUUCUUAAGGUUUG